CUGGUUGUGCUUGAAAGUCUAGACAGUAUGUAUACAUGGCAUGAGUAACGACGUACUUUGAGAUACCUGUAAACCCUUAGAGUGAUUGGCAAUCUAAUCCCGGAUUGAUGAGAGAUAAAUAAAAAUUGCAUCAUUCAGAACGAAGGGGGUGAUAUUUGCAGUUGUGACAGCUUUUAACUUCCGUUCAACGUCAAUAUCAGGAAUGAAACAGAAUUCAGGUUCAAUGGGUCUAUGAUGUCCACCAGUGCCCAGUGCCGCGGCGGUUACUUUUGGUUACUCUGUUUGGAGUCGACUCUAUUGCAUUGCAUUGUCAGUUACUGUCUGUCAAACCAGUCAAACCAGCCAAACAGACAGAUGAUGAUGAUGUUAUGCAUCCACUCUCUCAGGUCACCCCGCCGCCCGUGCUCAGGGCUGUCACGGCUACUGUGCCUCAAGUUUGGUACGUACCUCGGACUGAGUGGACCAUUGUAUGGAGUUGAGCGGGGGAAAAGAGACAAGAGUAAGAAACAUUUCUUCGGAAUAGAGCGGAAUGUCUCAGUUAGAGGUACGGGCCCUAUCUACUGACACUGUACUGUACCUAGCCUCUUGCUCGAGCAUGCACGGAUGUUUUGCCGCAGGCAGUCUAAC